GCUCUGUGCUGGCUGUCACCCAAAGAUAUACAGCUUUUAUUAACAGAUGGUUGUGUGUUGUAGGUAGUGGAGACAUGGUGGCAGAGUAGCCCGGGGGAUGAAGGGAUGCUGAAGGAGCACGCCGAGCCUCUCAGCCCGGGUCUCGCGCUCUGUGCUGGCUGUCACCCAAAGAUAUACAGCUUUUAUUAACAGAUGGUUGUGUGUUGUAGGUAGUGGAGACAUGGUGGCAGAGUAGCCCGGGGGAUGAAGGGAUGCUGAAGGAGCACGCCGAGCCUCUCAGCCCGGGUCUCGCGCUCUGUGCUGGCUGUCACCCAAAGAUAUACAGCUUUUAUUAACAGAUGGUUGUGUGUUGUAGGUAGUGGAGACAUGGUGGCAGAGUAGCCCGGGGGAUGAAGGGAUGCUGAAGGAGCACGCCGAGCCUCUCAGCCCGGGUCUCGCGCUCUGUGCUGGCUGUCACUCCAGGAUACAGGACCGUUUCUACCUGCUGGCAGUCGACCGUCAGUGGCACCUUGGCUGCCUCACUUGCUGUGAGUGCAAGAUACCUCUCGACUCCGAGCUCACCUGCUUCGCCCGCCACGGCAACAUUUAUUGCAAAGACGACUAUUAUAGGCUGUUCGCAGUGAAGCGGUGUGCGCGGUGCCAAGCCGGGAUCUCGGCCAGCGAGCUGGUGAUGAGAGCCCGGGAUGCGGUGUUCCACCUGCACUGCUUCUCCUGUGCUUCCUGCGGGAUCUUGCUCACCAAGGGUGACUACUUCGGCAUGCGCGACGGUCUGGUCUACUGCCGACCUCACUACGAGCUGCUGAGACACCGAGACUUCUGCGGCGCCGCGGAGCUGGAGGCCCUGUCCCCUGCCCACUGGUCUGUCGCCUCCGUCCACAAGGGCCGCCCCAGGAAGCGGAAGCUGAUGUCGUCCCCUUCCCCUGGCACCGAGUCCGUGGCCGAUCUUCCUGUCAACAUGAGAAUACCUCCCGGAGCCCUUGAAAUGCUCCACUCAGGAGACUUGUCGUCCUCCAUGGAGUCCUUGGCGUACGACUCGUCUGUCACAUCCCCGGGAGUUCAAGGGUCUCAGCAACGUACCAAGCGCAUGCGGACCUCCUUCAAGCACCAUCAACUCAGGACCAUGAAGUCCUACUUCAACAUUAACCAAAACCCAGAUGCCAAAGACUUGAAGCAGCUAGCUCAGAAGACAGGGCUAUCCAAAAGAGUGUUACAGGUCUGGUUCCAGAACGCGAGGGCGAAGUGGCGACGCAACCUGAUGCGUCAAGAGAGUGGGCAAGGGGGCGUAGUCCCACCCCCCGGUGGAGCGCCCCCCUCGUCUGGCCCCCCCUCUGUCGGACCACCCUCAGUGAUCAUGGGGGACAGCAGCAGCAUGGAUGACCAUCAUCACUUGCACCAUCACCACCACCAUCACUUACAGCCCACUCCGACCAUCACCUUCGGUGAGCUCUACUAGAUCCCACUCCUCAACAAGAGGCUUUCCCGGUCUGAGGCGUGAGUGGUGGAGUCGGUCUAGUAGCUAAUCCAUGUGUAUAACAAGUGAAAUUUGUAAAGGGAAAACUUUUAUAUAUCUUUUGGAAGAUCUGAAGGCAAAAACAAAUAAAACCAUAAAAACCAGUAGAUCCGAAAAAUAACUCCCUAAAAAUGAAAGAACAUUAAGAUGACCAGAAUUACAUUGUCAUAAGAUAAAAUAUGAUAGUUUUUUUAUAAAACUAGUAUACGCAAAUACAUCCGUCACACCAUCCCAUUCUAGUUCUGUCCUCAAGCUUUUAAAAUGAUGUAGGCUUAUCUAAUAGUGCAAUAAAUCCGCCAAGAGAAAUAUGUCGUUGAAGUUAUUUAGUGGAGUUCGAGCUGUACACAUAUUCAGGUAAAGCAAAUGGCGUUACUUUUGUCGGUGUUUUAUCAGAGAUUCUUAUUUAUGAACAAUCAUUAUAUGAAAAAUCUCUUCAUUUUCAUGUUAAGUUUGAAGGUCCGCUGUAAUUUUUCGGUAUGCCUCCGACUAUAAUCUCGGCCCCUGGAGCAUGGGUCACGUUUAUUUCAGAUCAUUGUAUGAACAACUUAUUACAAGAAUACAUGUUUCUUCUUUAAACAUUAUGCGUGAGAACAAAGUCUGGUUGUUAUCCUUCAUAUUCUUAGUCCCUUAAAGAACGAAUUUGCCUACAGAGUGAGGUCAGUACUUACCAUGACUACUGAAGGACGGGAUCAAGAAAACACUUUUCCUCACCUUGUUCUCUUUUCAACCGCUCUUAAAACCAAAUUACUUGUCCACUGAUCCCUCCACCGUUCUUCCUAGAUUUCUUACGGAUUUCAGAAUGUGUUAACGACUUGUUUAUUAUUUAACCCAUCCUUCCUCCAAAACGAGAAAAACAAUAAGGAAAAAGUUUUUAACGCCCCAACAGCUACUGGCAACCGUAAAUAUCACUUACUCUGCUCUUGCCUUCAGUACAGCUACUCGCAGUGACGUAUUAGAGCAUUAUUCCGGGGUGAGGGGUCGACAAACUGGUUGGUUAAAGUAAUAUAAACUAUCUUCCAAAAACAAGGGGUUGGGAUAUUUUCCCAGGAAAUUAUUAAGCUUUAAGUCAUCGUAAAUUUAUUUAGCUUAGAACAAACUACUGGGUUCAGUUUAAUGCUUGUUUUUGAAAAUGUCGUCGGGGGAGUUGGAACUCUCCCUUAUACUCCCCCAAGGGCCACUGUACAAAUAUUAAGGAAUUAAGAACACCAAAAGAGUGGCAAAUUCAUUUAUUGAACACAUUUGCUGCACAACAGCUUUGCUCCCUGAUUUCUUUAAUGUAUUGUUCAAGUAUACUUACAACGUCAAUAAAACUCAAUACUAACGUAGUCUACAGUUCAGUUGUUAAUGUUAACAUAUAGGGAGUUGUUUUUCAGAUACUCUAAUUAACCUUCCGUUAAAUAGUUAUUAUUUAUAUUAUUAAAUUAUUUAUUUACAAUUAAUUUAAAACAAUAUUAGGAUACCUAGGAUACCAGUUACCAUUAACAUUUAUAAUUUACCACCAUCUUGAAAGCGAAUUCAGUUGGAACCAUGUUUACAUGUUAUUUGUUCCUCUCAAUUUGUUGGGUAUGUUACAGUCGUGUUGGUUCCAUGUAGAUUAACAUGUAGGAUGAGACAACCCGGCAGAAGUUAGUGUGUGGACCCGAACUCAAGUUGUGUUUGUCUAGUUAUAUCCAGGAAGCUGGCUCUCUGAUGAAAGGCUUCUAGACUCUAGAGUACGCGUAGGCCUACCUCAGCGAAGACAGCCACACGUUAUACGAUACAGUAACAUAUACUAUGUGCAAUUGCCAUGUUCCUAUAAUGAUACUACACUUAGCUGUUUAUAGAUGUUCAACCAACUAUCUUGUAUGAAGCAGUAUUACUUAUCUGAUACCACUGUCUGAUACCGUUUUACAUUACUAGUGUAAUAAAGGCGAUAAUUAAGGAA